GCCGCCAUGGCGGUAGCGGGCGGGGCGGCUGGCCGCCAUUUCCACAGCCAUGGCGGCGGCCUGCGGCAGGGCUCUGCUUGCUCCGCUCGGCCGGCGGCGGGCCCCGCUCCGCUCCUUCACCGCUCCUCCUCCUCCUCACCCUCCUCCUCCUCCUCCUCCUCCUCACGGCCCCGCCGCGCCGCUCUACGAUGUGGUGGUGUCGGGCGGGGGCAUGGUGGGCAGCGCCAUGGCCGCCGCGCUGGGGCAUGAUAUCCACUUCCAUGACAAGAAAAUCGCUUUGCUGGAAGCCAGUCCUAGGAAAGAAUAUGGUCAGUUGCCAGAGAAGUUCAGUAACAGGGUCAGUUCCAUCUCCCCAGGGUCAGCGACCCUCCUAAGCAGUUUUGGUGCCUGGGAUCAUGUCUGCAGCCUGAGAUUCAAACCGUUCCGGAGAAUGCAGGUAUGGGAUGCUUGUUCAGAGGCCAUCAUUGUUUUUGAGAAAGAUGACUUAGAUGACAUGGGUUACAUAGUGGAGAAUGACGUCAUUAUGUCUGCUCUCACAAAACAGUUAGAUGCAGUAGCAGACCGGGUGGAGGUUUUCUACGGGAGCAGAGCAGUCGGGUAUACCUGGCCCUUUCCCUCUCACAGCUGUGACACAAGCCCUUGGGUCCAAAUUGAGUUAGCUGAUGGACGCAGACUUCAGACCAAACUGCUGAUUGGUGCAGAUGGCCAUAACUCUGUAGUCCGGAAGGAGGCUGAAAUUCAGAACAUCGAGCAUCGGUAUGACCAGUCAGCGGUGGUGGCAACUCUUCAUUUGUCUGAGGCCACAGAAAAUAAUGUAGCGUGGCAAAGAUUCCUUCCCACAGGGCCGAUUGCGCUUCUUCCGCUGUCUGACACUGCCAGCUCUCUGGUUUGGUCUACAUCCCAUGAACACGCAUCAGAACUUCUCACUAUGGAUGAGGAAAGUUUUGUGGAUAGCAUCAACUCUGCCUUUUGGAGCAACGUAAACCACACUGACUUCAUCGACACUGCUGGGGCCAUGUUUCGGUCUGCUAUUUCAUUCCUGAAACCCUCGGGGACUGCAGUCCGUCAGCUGCCCCCAAGCGUCGCUAAAGUAGACCCAGAGAGCCGAGCCAUGUUCCCCCUUGGAAUGGGGCAUGCAACAGAGUAUGUCCAGCACCGCGUGGCUCUCAUUGGGGAUGCAGCACACAGAGUCCACCCACUUGCAGGACAAGGCGUAAACCUGGGCUUUCGUGAUAUUGCGUGCUUAACUCAUCACCUCAGUGCAGCAGCCUUCAACGGGCAAGAUCUGGGAUCCUUAAGGCAUCUCUUAAAGUUUGAGACAGAACGGCAGAGGCACAAUGUCUCCUUGAUAGCUGCUAUUGAUAUAUUGAAGAGGCUUUACUCCACGAGCCUGGCUCCCUUGGUGUUGCUGAGGACAUGGGGAUUGCAAGCAACAAAUGCCCUGCCUCCCAUCAAAGAGCAAAUCAUGGCUUUUGCCAGCAAGUGAUCUGUUUUCAGUUUGGAACGGCAGCUUGACAGUGAGUGCAUUACCCUUACAAAGACUGUGACUGUUGUGAAUCUUCGAAUCGUGUUAUUUUAAUUUAACAAUAAAAAUGAGGGAUUGAGCUGUGUUUUACACCAUCCA